GGAAAUAUCAGGUCGGAUCGAGAGAUUUCCGGAACGUCGGCUGCUUCGCUCUGUUUAUCUCAACACGUGCAUAUAAAUCUAUGAUUUACUCUCAAAACUUGUUGAAUAUUCAAAAUGAAUAAAGCAAUCGUUACUCCGAGAACUCUGAAGAACACAGAGACUGGGAUUGAUAUCACUGUGCCAGAAUUUCGCACCAUCACCAAGCUUCUUUCCAACCAAGAAGAGUUUCAUGUCAUCGUCAUCUCCAGCUUGCCUUACUUCAAGUCACCAGAUCACAAGCCUGAAGAUGUGGUCCAAUUUAUGGUGCCCAAAUGGUAUAGUGACUUUGAAUCCUUGCACAAGGCCAUGAGUGACCGCUAUCCUGCAACCAUCUUCCCUGACCUGCCUAAGAAGGUACUGAUGGUCCGAGACAGCACUCCCCAGGGGAGGCGGUCUGCCUUCGAGAAGCUGAUGCAGUUCAUCGCUGCUAGCCCCAAAGUUUGCUGCUCUCCUAUCCUACUGGAGUUCUUAGGUGUUCCUUCAUCCAAGAUAGGUGCUGUUGAGGGACAGGAAAAGGAAUCAGAAAGCAGAGGAAGUGGAGAUGGUACACAAAAGGAUGAUAUGAAAUCUCCCACAAAAUCUGUCAAAAGUCAGAGCUCCAGUCUCUUUGGAGAAGAAGACUCAGAUGAUGAACUCUUUAAAACUGAGAAAGGUGAUGUAGAUGAGGCAGACAGUGACCUCUUCUCUCCUAGUCCUCGCCAUGCUCCACCAAGUACCAAGGGUGAGUGAAACUGGUCACCAGUCAAAGCUUUCCAAUCAUUUGUGAAAAUUGGAUGAUGUGCACAUUGUGUGUCUAGGGCAAAUAUGUUUGCAUGGCAUAUAUGCAUGGUUGUGAAUGAAUUUGAGAUAAAUGGGAUUGAACUAGUAAACUGACAGGUUUUGCAGCUGAAUUUUAGCCUGUACAAUAUGUCCUUGAGCAAUUAAAAUUAGUCCACACAAACUUUGUAUUGCGUGAGACCUUUAUUUAUUCAUAUUUAUAGAACACUAAAAACAUCUGCUCACCUAGAUCUGCUAAAUGGGAUAUUGGUUGUGUAAUUUAAUAUUGAUAUUUCUGCUUUGUUGUCGAAUAAUGUAGGUUGUUCAUCCAUAUUGAAAUUGAUAGGCAUAUAAUAUGAAUAACUGCACUUUUCCCUUGUGGUGAUGUGUAUUACAAUAAUUGAAAAAAAAGGAAUCCUGUCACAGAUGGGGGUAAUUGGUUUCUGGUUUGAUUACAGAACAUGACUGGAAGGAGUAGACAAAAGUAGGAGAUACAUGAUUAUUAGGGAAAUUAGAAAACUUCAGUUCUUUCUUACCCACAUGUAGCUCAAGAUGGAUUAGGCAGUGACUAAUUGACCUGGUAGCCAUGCAGGCUGAAAGAGUUUGACUAAAAUCAUAAUGCUGAUGAUGAUAUUGAUAAUUAGGGUUAGGAUGAUGGUGAUUAUGAUAAUGAUGAAGUAUAUGAUGUGUAUAUAAUGAUGACAAAUAUGCAUAACUUUUAUUGUUGUUAAUUUUGUUAUGAUGGGAUAAUGGUGGUUGUUAUGUUGAUGAUGGUGAUGAUGAUGAAUGUGGUCAUGAUUAAGAUGAAGAUGAUGACAAAGACAAUAGAGUGAAUAAUUAUGAGGAUAAAAUAUGUAUUGCUUGUGUUGGUAGAUAACCUCAUAUUUUGUAUGUUUGUGUGCCUGUGUAUGUGGGAGAUCCUAAUAAGUCUGAAGAAUCAAAUUAGCCAUAUUCAAACCUAAAAAUAAAACCACAAACUGAUGUUCCAACAAAGCUCUACAUAGAAGUUACACGCACAAUGCAAGCGCAACUAAGCAUAUUAAAGCUCCAACCUGUGGCUCCAUGACUGUUCAACAUUAUGAGAAAAACUACAUAGAGAUAAGGUGAGUAGACAUUUUCAAUUCUUUACAUGUUUUGAAAUAGUUCACGUAGAUAAUACACUAUACUACUUGUUUCAUUGUUGUCAUUCUUGGCACAAGUCCCACUGCUUUAUAAUAUCAGAUUCAGAAAUCUUUAAGGUUAACCUUGCUGUAGAUGUGUUUACGAACCUCAGUCCAAAGGUUGAUAUUUGUUUUGAUCAAGUACUUACUAGUCUAGUGAACUUGUUCUUUGUAAAAUGUACAUGUAUAUAGACUAAUUGUAGCAAGGAGUUGUAGACAGCUGUGAUUUCCCUUUGCUAGUAGUUUGAUCUCACUAUGUAGAAGUUUGUGAUUAUAAAUUUCACAUAGUAGUAGUCUGUCCACUGAGCCAGGGGUGGAUCCAGGAUUUUGUUAGAGAAGGGGCUCAUCAUUCCAAAAUUUGCUGACAAUUUUCUUGCAGUUCCUUUUUACUCCCUCCCCCCAAAGAAGUGUACCAGGAUUUCAGUGCCUUUUAGUCUAAACAAAAUAAUGAAAUAAAGACAAAGAAAUUUGAAAUAAUAUGUUAUCAUCUUAAAAUGGGGAAGGGGUACCAGUUUGGAUGUGUGUACUAAAAGUAUAACAUGGCUUGUGCCCCC